AUGCAACUUGGUGUUUGUGAAGCUUCUGUCACUACUACUACUACUACUACUACUACUACUACUACUACUACUACUACUACUACUACUACUACUACUACUACUACUACUACUACUACUACUACUACUACUACUACUACUACUACUACUACUACUACUACUACUACUACUACUACUACUCACACUACCACUACUACUACUACUACUCACACUACUACUACUAUUACCUUUUUGCUUAUAUAUUUUGUCUUGUGUAUCUUCAUGAAUUUCCCAACAACCUCCAGAGAAUAA